CGUAAAUUGCAAAAUUGGAAAAUCGUUGCAGCGGGUGGAAAAUUAAACAAUUAGGAUUUAUAUAAGUUUUUUCAUAAUCGCCAAGUGAAGUCCAUUAGUUUAGAGCAUGCGAUAGUAUUUUUUAUAAGCUUAAAGUAAUUCAAAAUGGGUGACAGAGACCUUUCUAUGGGUCCCCGAGAAGGUGUAACCUAUCCUUUAAAGGUUCAAUAUUGUGGGAAUUGUUCUAUGCCGAUAGAAUACUGCGAAUACUACCCAGAGUACGACAAAUGUAAACAAUGGCUUGAAAAGAACCUGCCGACAGAGUUCGAGAAAGUUAAAAUCGAUGAAGAAGAAAAUGCAGGUGGAGAAGAGGAGAAAAAGCGUCAGAAGCGUGGCGGCAAGGGGAUGCUAAAGUCUAAGAAAAAGGAAGAUGUUCCCAAACUAGUGCAAGUGUCCAGGGCUCCUCGUGGCAAAAAGAAAUCAGUCACUGUUGUGUCUGGUCUCAGUACUUUUGACAUUGACCUGAAAGUUGCGGCUAAGUUCUUCGGCACCAAGUUUGCCUGCGGUUCCUCAGUAACGGGUGAUGAUGAGAUAGUAAUUCAGGGAGAUGUGAAAGAUGAUCUUUUUGAUAUUAUUCCAGAAAAAUGGCCUGAGAUUGAUGAGGAUAGUAUUGAAGAUUUGGGUGAUCAAAAAAGAUAGUCACAGCUUUAGUGAAUUGAUAUUUACUGAUAAUGCUUUAAAUCUUUACUGUUUAACAAUGUGGUCUGUACUGACUUGUAUCAAUUAACAAUCGUAAACAUAAGGGAUUUUCAAAUUGCAUUUCUAACUACAUGUGACCAGCAAAAUAUUAGACAUAUUUUGUAUUUGUUAUUCAUUCAACAAUUAAGGGAAGAGCUAAAGCAUUGUCAAAUUUUCUUAUUUAUUUUAUGAACUUCAUAAUUUGAAUAAAGAUGUGCAAAAAAUG